AUGGAUGCCCCCGCGUACUGCAGUCCCGCUUUCGCGAUGAUCGCCCACCCUCCUAUCUACAACGAGGACCCAUAUGAGGUUUACGAGCAGCCGUACCCGUCGCCGCACUAUACAUCCAGUGGCCUCGGAGACCCCUCAUAUUCACCGCAAUGGUUCGACGGGUUGCACGGCGAUAUUGUAGCGUCCUCUGGCGCAGAGGAGGAACUGUACGCUGCUUUCUUGGCCGCCGAGGUCGCAUCGACGAGCGCACAUGCUCCUUCCUUUGCCAUCCCCGUCCCAUCUCCGCCAUUCCACGGUCACCAAGCCCCAUCUCCCGUAUUCACUUCCCCACUCGGCUACACCACCACUUCUGCCGCCCCCGAACGUCCCCUUGCCGCGACGUCCGGAAACACACGACGCACCUGCAGGGCCGGCCCCACACCUCUGACCGCCUCUUCAUCCUUGCCUUAUAAAUCACCUGUCGCCGAGACUUAUCCCGGGUCUUCUCCACAACUCGUCGCGUGCACGCGCAGGAACGCGCCCGCACCCUCUCCGACUGCGCCCCCUCAACCCGCACUAACCGCUGGGCGUGUCCCCACUGCCCCUACGUCCAGCACAACCGUCGCUCCCCCGACCUCAAGCGCCAUAUCGAAACGCAUAGGCUUGAUCAUGGACUUCGUUGGGGUGCCGAUGAUCGGGGGAUGCAUGAAGACGUUCAGCAGGAAGGAUGCGCUGAUGCGGCAUUUGAAGGCGCAGAAGGGCAAGUGCUUUGGGGACGCGUGGUCGAUGUUCCAGCCGGGGAACCGGUUGAAGGACGGAGAAGCUUUGGAAAGCUGA